GUUUCCAAAGCGCGAGUUCCGAGCGCGCUCCGAGACGAUGCUCUCCAGCGCGUGUGAAAAGGAUGACACCGCCGGAGCGCGCUGGGUGCGGGGAAGAAGUGGCUGAAAGACAAGGAAAGUUGUUGUUCUAUGUUUAUUUAAUAAGAGCUUCGUGGUUCUGUGGGAUGGAUGGGUAGACGCUGAGAACCAUGCGUGUUAAGACAUGGCAUGGGCGCUCCUCUUUGCUCGACUCUCCCCCUGCUCGCACCGGCUCACGAGGACGUCCCUGUGCUUCCUUUCCAUCUUCUUCACGUACGUGUGCUACUGCGUCUUGUUCCCCGCGGAGAGCUUCAUGCAGAAGUCGGCUGAACCCACUCCGGACUGUGUGCACCAUCAAACCAAGGGGCCGAGGACCGUGGAGGCGCAUCCGGUGCGUCUCCACACGGCCACGCGGGACACUCCCAGCCCGCCUCUGAGUAGUAUGAAGUUUGGGAACAAAAAGUUGCCCAAAGCAAUCAUCGUGGGGGUGAAGAAAGGAGGGACCAGAGCCGUGCUGGAGUUUAUCCGGAUCCACCCGGACGUGCGCGCAGCUGGGACGGAGACGCACUUCUUUGACAGGAACUAUGACAGAGGACUGGAGUGGUACAGGAGUCUGAUGCCGCGAACGCUGGACUCCCAGAUCACCAUGGAGAAGACACCCAGUUACUUUGUGACCAAAGACACUCCUCAGAGGAUCUCCGCCAUGUCCCGGGACACCCGGCUCAUCGUGGUGGUGCGAGAUCCAGUCACUCGUGCAAUAUCGGACUACACACAGACUUUGAGCAAAACUCCAGACCUGCCCAGCUUCCAGGAGCUGGCCUUCAGGAACCAGACGCUGGGGAUUGUGGACACUUCUUGGAACGCCAUCCGCAUCGGCCUGUACGCGCUGCACCUGGACAACUGGCUGCGCUUCUUCCCUCUGGCUCAGAUCCACUUUGUGAGCGGAGAGCGUCUUAUCACAGACCCAGCAGGAGAACUGGCACGGGUACAAGACUUCCUGGGUCUAAAGCGUAUUGUGACUGACAAACACUUUUACUUUAACCGCACCAAAGGCUUCCCCUGCCUAAAGAAGCCAGAGAGCAGCGGCUCCCCACGCUGCCUGGGCAAGUCUAAGGGCAGAACGCAUGUCCAGAUCGACAGGGACGCCAUCGAGCAGCUACGAGAUUUCUAUAGACCCUACAACAUACGCUUUUAUGAAAUGGUGGGGCACGACUUUAAGUGGGAGUAGGAUUUUUAAGUGGGAGAUCCAGAGUGAAUGCAGGUGGCCAGAAAAGCCAGAUCUCUGCACUUUGCAGCUGUUAUUAUUUUUGAGCACAAACAGAGGAAACUGGUCAGUGAUGGUCAGCAUCAGCUGCUGUGUGGUAAAUAGAGCCAUCAGUUCAGCCUGAGCCUCUUAAUAUUUCUCUCUUCUACUGUAUGUUUCUGCUGACAGGAGGCUCUAUUUGCUGACUGGUUUCUGUAUAAAAAGGGAGUUUUGCCGGGGACUAGUGGGAUUAUUUCAUCUUAAAAACCUGCUGCACUAAUCAAGGCAGGGCUUGAAAGCAAGACCUUGGAAAAUGUCAGUGAAGUCUGAGGGGAGAGCAGAGUUAAGCUGCGUACUGUGCUGCUGCUGCCGGGGCCAUCUGAAAUGCAAAGCCAUACUGAUGAUGAACUGAGAAUAUCACUUCUAUAGGUCCACAUCAUUCUCAAAGCAUGAUGCUGUAUGCACUUCUCUAGGCACUCGCAGAACUCUUCAUUCUACAGUCC